UAAAUUAAUUGGUAUACAUGAAAGUUAAAGCAUUUACAAAUGGCGGUGUAUAUACUGGGGGAUAUUUUAUAAUUUUAUUUUUUUAUAACUAGUAAUGGCGGCGAUCAGUGACUUAUAGUGGGACUGCAGCGGGCGAUCUGAAAUGGGGGAACUGACUUGGUGUCACUGACAUUCUCAGUGACACCAAUAUAGUGAUCAGAGCUAAUAAAAAGCACUGACACUGUACUAAUGGCACUGGGCAGGAAGGGGUUAACAUGUGGGAGGAUCAAAGGGUCAACUGUGUGCCAUUUUACAUACUGGGCUGUGUUUGUGGUUCACUGUAAGCACAAUGCUUUGCAUGGCUGUGCAAAGCACCCAGUCCAGCCUUGUGUAGUGAAAGGUCUACAAUCUUGUCCCUGACAUCCUUGGACAGC